CAAACCGGAAAUGUCAAAGACCAAAGCCAGGGAAAAUCAAGUUGAAGGUUUCAACAAAAUAUUAGAAUGGGGAACAAAUUAGCAAAGCUUGGUAGUCCAAGUCGUCAAUCUAAUAAGGGAACCACAUCAUUAAAAAGAAAAAGGUUGCAGGAUAAUGAUUCGACAGAUGAAGAAGAGGAAAUGCACACCCCUAAAAAAAAACGACUACUUUCAACUUCAAAGUAUAUCUACCAGACAUUAUUUAUAGAUGGAGAAAAUAGUGACAUUACAAUUACAGCUUCCGGGAAAGAAUGGUAUCUCCAUAAAGUUUACUUGUCACAGUCUCCUUAUUUUUCCUGUAUGUUUAACGGAUCCUGGUCAGAAUCCUCGAGUAAAAAUGUUGUUAUAGAUGUAGCAGAUCCUAAUAUUGACGAAACAGCAUUGAAGAUAACAUUUGGAUCUUUGUAUCAAGAUUAUAUAUUCAUUAAACCAGUAGAAGUCGUAGGUGUCUUGGCAACUGCUAUUUUAUUACAAUUAGAAGGACUGAUACAGCAUUGUAAGGAAUUGAUGACAGAUACGCUAAGCUCAAAGAUGGUACAUAUAUAUUAUGAAGCUAGUCAGAUGUAUGGACUGCAGGCAUUAGAAAAUGAUUGUUUUAAUUGGUUGUUGGCAAAUUUUCUAGCAAAUAAACAAGAUCAGAAUUUUCUUAAGAACAUAAGUGUAGAUUUAAUGAUGAAGUUGGUCGUUUCUCCAGAUUUAUAUGUGAUGCAAGUAGAAGUUGAUGUCUAUUCUCAGCUCAAAAAGUGGGUAUUUUUACAAGAAAAUCCUUGCUGGGAUAGUACUGCAAAGAAUCUGACCAUAGAUGCUGCUGACUAUUUUAAACAGCUGCAUAAAGAAAAUCCUUCAGAAUGUUUUCUGAAAACAGAGAAAGGAAAGUCAUAUUUACCUGUGUUUUGUAAAAUAAGAUGGCAGCAUGUUAUCAAUGAUCUGGCUUCUCUCAAACUUGUAGAAGAUGACAAGGUCUUCCAUCUUGCCUGGAUACAACCAUUUUUUGAACAACAAUGGAAGAAAAUGUUAACUAUAGAACAAGGUCGUGAUGAAGGACCAGAUGACGUGCCAGAAGAAGAUAUAUUUUAUAAGAAUUGUUUUAGAUGUGGAAGGGCUCUACCUGUAGAAGGAGAUUACUGUUGGAGAUGGGUUGGUUACAGUUAUGGCAUAGAUCUGUUAGUAUCGUACUCAAAUAGUCUGAUCUCAAUUAAACGUAAUACACAUAGUCAACUCUGUCCUGGUGCAGUCAGUCUACAUCCGUAUCGCAGUAUAGCCUAUAGAAUAAAAGUUGCCUCAGUAGAUGAUAAAGGAAGAAGAACAACAGAGAAAUCUACAGUAAUAACAAGAAUUAAUCUACUACAAGAUACGGAACAUGUAGUUAUGCUGUUAGACAAGAAGUUCAAGUUUCCACUAUAUGUUAGUAUGAACAUAAUGGUGUCUUCUAGCAAUGACUUUCAGUUUGACCUUGAACCGUCCAAACUUUUAAAUAAAGAUAGAUCUGUACAAACUAUUGCUGCAGCUUCCUCGUGAUGAAUAUUGACUUGUGAUGUACACAUAUCCAUUGUCUUCAUACAAAUUUAUUUUACACAAAACACAGUAUCUGUUAUAACAACUCUGUAUAAUUUCUGUGUGUGAAACACAAACAACUUUUAUUGAAAAGGGAGAUAAUUUCUUAAAAUGUAAAAUUUCUGUCUGAGACACAAACAACUUUAUUGAAAAGGGAGAUAAUUUCUUAAAGUAUUAAAGAGAAACUUGUUUAUGAUGAGAAAAUAGUAUUAUAAGUCAUCUUUUUUUUUUAUCUUUAGUCAGUAGAAUGUACUUUAUGUCAGUUUCUAUGUGGUCAAAGAUAUAUCAUGUCAUUUAUCAAAAAAGGUAUUUUUCUUUCAAUUUCUAUGAUUUUACAAUAAAGUUAGUAAUUUUUUUUACAACAUUUCAUCUAAACACAGAGGUAGAGAUACAGCCUUUAACAAGUCAUUUUGUGAGUUGACUCUACAGUUACAACUAGUGCAGGUUUAAGUUUUUAACCUUUCUUCCAGUAAAAUUUUAGUUUUUUGUUAAAAAUCGCAACUUAUGAGAAACAUAUUUUUGCCCUAGAAUUUCAACAAAAAUUGACAGAUGGAUAUAAUUUGGUAUUCCAAAUUGAUUUCUAGUGUCAAAAUUAAUCCAUCGACUGACAUUUUUCGAAAUUGCCACCAAAAUUCAAUACUUUGCAAGAAAGGGUAGGAUUUUAAAGAAAUGUUUGAACUAAGUAGAACGUGCCUGAAUCCUGAUCCCAAAACUUAUUCCAUUUUCAUAAGAGCGCCAAAAUAUGUAAACAUUUCAUCGAAAUGCUCAAAUUUUAAUCAAAUUUUAAUCAAAUUUGAUUUCUAGUUAGAAUAAGAAAUAAUGCAAUGAAUUCUGGUGUCAAAUAUUAUCCAUCCAUUCCAACUUUGAAUAUGUCCUUUGACUGCAAUUUUCAAUUUGUUAACCUCAUACAAAAAUGUGUCAGUUUGAUAUUUACAUCAGUUAUUACCUAAGCUCCACCGAAAAUAUAAUUUUGCAUUCAUCUCAGCAUUUGUGCCAUCCCUGAUUUACUGAGAAAUGCUUUAAUUUAGAAAUAAGGAGAUUUGGUAUGAUUCCCAAUGUGUUAAAUUAAAACAAACAGACAAACAAAUAAAUUUAUAUAAACAAAAAUGUUAACAUUCAUGAAACAGUAUAUUUGAGAGAUUCUGACUAGAGAAUUAUAUAAAAAUUAAUAAUACUCAAAUAUAUAUUUAAAAAGCUAUUGAACAAAUAACUGCUGACAAACACAAUAAUUGUGACAUGACUCUGUAAAUCUUGACUUAUUUUUCUUACAAAAUUUUAAUUUUAGUUAUAAAGAUCAAAUUCUGGCUAAUCUUAACCCCAGUAUAAUCCAACUGUUGAUAAUAAGUGUUUGUAUGAAAAUAUUGAUAAGUUUUGAAUGCAUGACAUGACAUGAUAUUAAGUUGAGUUAGAGUUGGCUUUUGCUUGAUGAUUAUGGUGUGCAUGCUUUGUAAACAAAAAAAUCAAUGAAUUAACUUCCUUUAAAAUAUGUAUAAGUAUUUAAAUACACACAGGUUUAAAGAAUUAAUAAUUGAAAACAUUCACAAUUCCUACAAAUUUAUCUAUCUAUGCCUAAUGACGACCAAUUUCUACAACUUUUACAAUCACAUACUCUGAAUGGUUUAUAUGGUUUAUAUUUAUACAUGUAUUUAUGUUAAAGUUAGUGUAUAGUAAAACAUAUUGUAUUUAUGAUUGUUUUAAAAGUGAUGGUUUAGCCAAUACAAAUCAGUGGAAAGCAGCAUAUCAGUAUUGUUCUGGUUGACCAUGAAAUUGAUAGUUUAUGUUCAUAGCAACACAAACAUAGUGUCAUGGUAUUAUUUUUUUUUGUGAAAGAGAGCCUUCCUGCCUAUCAAUCUCAGUUUGAACAUUUGUCUGAGCUCAACAUUCACUUUACAUUUUAUUUGGAAGAAAUUUUAUUUAUGAUAAGUAUUCGUGUUCAUGUUUUACCCAAAUGUUAUCUUUUUACUUUGGAGAUUGGUGUACUAGUACACUAUUUCCUUAUUUCAGAACUAUAUAAAACUGAUACAUAUUUAUAGACAUAGAAAGUCGGCUAGUUGAUAUAUUCCAUUUGUUGUGUAAUCAUGAAUUAAAUCUACAUUAUAUUUACACAAAUGUUA